AUGGUGGUGUUGGCAAAGUCGGUAGUGCCCGCUGAGCCCCGGGAUGAGCCCUUGAAGCCCGUGGCCAAGAGCGAUGAGUCGGCGGAGAAAAAGGAAGAGGCAGCGGAUGCUGGAAGUCCUCGGCAUGCCACGCCAUCUUCCGGCCCCGACGGUUGCCUAAGCUGGUUCAUCGCUGCGCUCUGCUUCCUGCUAAACCUGCUCUUCUCCUCCUUGUUCCGCUGCGGCGGACUCUUCUUCACCUCGAUCAUGAGCACGUACGAGGCAACACGCGGCUAUGCCUCCCUUCCGUUGAGCAUGUACAGCGGAUUCACCAACCUAUCCGGUCUCGUUGCGGGACCACUAAUCCACUGGUUUGGCGUGCGCGUGGCGGCAGUGCUCGGCGGCCUACUGAUGGCCACGGGCUGCAUGAUUUCCUACUUUGCCACCGGUGUACCCUUCCUCGUCGGUUCCCUGGGAGUCCUUGCUGGCUCCGGUCAUGGAAUACUCUUCAGUUGCGUCAUCGUGGCCAUCAACGAGUACUUCGACAAACGCCGGGGUGUAGCCUUGGGCAUCAACCUGACUGGUGCAACGGCAGCGUCAUUUGUCUUCGCAAGUAUUUUCGACCUGCUCCUGGCGGAGUAUGGCUUGCACAGAACUCUGGCUAUUACAGGAGCCCUGCUACUCAACAUUUCGGUGCUAGGCUUCCUUUUCCGGAAACCGCCAUGGCAGGAAUCACCGAUUGAGACAAGCGAGGCAGUUGAAAAGUGUGCGCAGAAAUUUACCGUUGAACAGAUCACAUGUUCUGUCAAGAACCUCCACGCUGACGAUGGAAGGCCGUCCACAGUGGCCGCCCGUCACACUAUCUCAUUCAACCGCAGAGGAACACACGUGACCGUACCGAACGAAGAGGCAAUAAUUCAGAAUAGACUUACCUUAAAUAGUCAGCCAGAAGGUUUACCUAAGGAAAACCCCAUGGUCGAAGGCGGCCUACAUGGCACAACUGCCGAAGAUGAAAUAAACUUGGCGUGGUCGAGGAGAGGGACGCUUUUGAGCGUUGCUGGGUCUUUGAUUGACGAGGAGAAAACAUUGUCUUCUUCGAGGCGAGGAACAGUUAUAAGCCUAACACAAAAGGGUUCUACCAUCGGCGAGCUGGACCUUAGAAAAAUCGCCCUUCUUCAAGAGGCGGUAGAACGCUUGACUACUGUGAACGCACCUCCAGCAGUCUGCGAGGAAAACUCAGCAUUCCUCGGAAGCGCGGAGACCACAGAAGAGAGAUCGAGGGUUGGAAGCGAGCUGAGUUUUGUGGGACGCUAUGAUGGUGCCAGUAGUCACGCCGUCGCUUCAAGGCGGAGCACGGUCACUAGCCUGGCAUCUCGAUGCCAGAUAGAACUGCCCUGCAAGACGGACCAGCCUAUCCGCAUACUCAUCCAAGAAGAGCAAGACCGCUCAUCGGAUUCGGCUCUCAAUAGCGCCAAAGAAGUCCUGCGACUACCACGCUUCUACUGCCACAUGUUGAGCUAUUUCUCCUACGUCUUCUUCCUGGACACAUUCCUCGCCGUCGCAGUGGACUAUGCUGUCGACGUCGGUAUUGACAGUGCGAGUGCCGUGUUCGUGCUCACUUUCUUUUCGGUGACGGACACCGUCGGCCGGCUAUUGGUUCCCUUGCUCACGGACUAUAAGCUUGUGUCGCCGCUUACCCUCAUGUGCCUAUCGUACCUAGCGAUGGCUGUCAUAGCGCACUCAAUGCCGUACGCGCAGAACCUCGUCCCAUUCUGGGCAUGCAUGAUUACGCUGGGAUUGCCCGUCGGCUACAUACUGGUGGCUGUCUCCGAAUCGAUUGCCGUGGAAGUUGGCCUUCGCAACUUGCCCAUCGCUUAUGGCUUUGUGGCUGGGUUGACUGCUGUCGGAGCCUUCUUGAGGCCAGUGAUCAUAGGUUUCUUCCGAGACAGCUACGGAUCGUAUGACGGCCUUUUCCGAACGAUGGGAUCGAUGGUGCUGUGCUCUUUCCUGCUCACUGCUGGACUCUGGGUCCUGGAUCGGCGGAGGACAUCGCUUCCAGCCACCAGCAAAGCUGACGACAUCGUCACUGAUGUUGGCUCCUCUGCACCUGCCGACGACCAUUCGUAACGAGGGAACCCUAAUUGCGCAUGAAUAACGACGAUUGUGCACGGGGCAUAAUGCCUUGCGAAAUACAAGCGUAUUCGAGCGCGGCAGACAGGGGCUACAAAAUGGGGUGUACGCGGGGGCAGUGGGUGGAAACGACCCCACCGGCACCAUUGAAAUGAGGCGGAAAACAACUCAUCCCUAUGCCCACCAUGCUCUGAGUGAAGAACCCCUUCUUCUAAUAUAGCAAAUUAUAACAAGACUGAUCUUCACAUUAACAAAAAAAGUAUUUGUAGCCGAAAUAAAUGCCAGCUCAUAGUACCUCCCCCCCCCCCCCCCCCCGCUACUUAAGAUACACAUCAGGACCGCUGGCUGCUGACCGUUUUUAG